AAGCAUUUCUAGAGCACACAUUUCAAUCUACAAACACAUUUUCGAAUUCGGCGUGUGAAAAAUAUAGAGAAGCAAAAUUUAAUUCGUUUCGGCUGCACCAUAAAUAUAGGAGCAACAAUCGGACGAAUCUCAGUCUAAAAUCAGCAGUAGUGGCUGCCACAACUAAAUUGGUGAAGAGUUAGUAUCGUAAACAUAUUAAAAUGGUGAAGGCACCGGCAAUUGGAAUCGAUUUGGGAACCACCUAUUCCUGUGUGGGAGUUUGGCAGAACAGCAAGGUGGAAAUCAUUGCAAAUGACCAGGGAAAUCGAACCACGCCCUCCUAUGUGGCAUUCAACGACACGGAGCGACUAAUUGGCGAUGCGGCCAAGAAUCAGGUCGCUAUGAACUCGAAGAACACGGUUUUCGAUGCCAAGCGCCUGAUUGGCCGCAAAUACAACGACAAGAAAAUCCAGGAGGACCUGAAGCUCUGGCCCUUCAAGGUGACCAACGAGGGUGGCAAACCCAAGAUCGAGGUGGAGUUCAAGGGUGAACGGAAGCGCUUUGCCCCCGAGGAAAUCAGCUCGAUGGUCUUGACCAAAAUGCGCGAGAUUGCCGAGGUUUACUUGGGUGCCAAAGUGAAGGAUGCAGUGAUCACGGUGCCUGCCUACUUCAACGAUAGCCAGCGGCAGGCUACCAAGGAUGCGGGUUCAAUUGCUGGGCUGAAUGUCCUGAGGAUCAUCAAUGAACCCACGGCAGCUGCUUUGGCCUACGGAUUGGAUAAGAACCUCAAGGGCGAGCGGAAUGUCCUGAUUUUCGACUUGGGCGGUGGCACCUUUGAUGUCUCCAUUCUGACCAUCGAUGAGGGUUCCCUGUUCGAGGUGAAGGCCACGGCAGGAGACACCCACUUGGGUGGCGAGGACUUCGACAAUCGGUUGGUCAACCACUUUGCAGAGGAGUUCAAGCGGAAGCACAAGGCGGAUAUCAAGGGAAAUGCCAGGGCUUUGAGGCGUUUGAGAACAGCUUGUGAGAGGGCCAAAAGGACCUUGUCUUCGAGCACGGAGGCAUCCUUGGAAAUAGAUGCUUUGCAUGAGGGAAUCGAUUUCUAUUCGAAGAUUUCCAGGGCUCGUUUCGAGGAGCUGAACAUGGAUCUGUUUCGAUCCACCAUGCAACCGGUGGAGAGAGCUUUAAACGAUGCCAAGAUGGAGAAGAAGGCCAUCCAUGAUGUGGUUUUAGUUGGCGGCUCAACGCGUAUUCCCAAGAUCCAGAAACUCCUGCAGGACUUGUUCAACGGCAAGCAGUUGAAUCUCUCGAUUAAUCCUGAUGAAGCUGUGGCCUAUGGCGCCGCCGUUCAGGCAGCCAUUCUCACGGGAGUGGGAAGUUCCCAGAUCCAGGAUCUCCUCCUGGUCGAUGUGGCUCCCCUUUCGCUGGGCAUCGAAACAGCUGGUGGGGUGAUGACCAAGUUGGUGGAGCGGAAUGCGAGGAUUCCCUGCAAGCAGCAGCAGAUCUUCACCACCUACAGUGACAAUCAGAAUGCGGUUACCAUUCAGGUUUACGAAGGCGAACGCGCCAUGACCAAGGAUAACAACCUACUGGGCACCUUUAAUCUCACUGGCAUUCCGCCAGCUCCUCGAGGAGUUCCCCAAAUCGAGGUGGCCUUCGAUCUGAAUGCGGAUGGCAUCCUGAAUGUGAAUGCAAAGGAUAGCAGCACUGGGAAAUCCGAGAAGAUCACCAUUACAAAUGAUAAGGGAAGGCUUUCCAAAGCCGAGAUAGAUCGAAUGCUUUCCGAGGCUGAGAAGUACAAGGUGGAGGAUGAUCGUCAGAGGGAGCGGGUUCAAUCGAGGAACAACUUGGAAGGAUAUAUCUACGGUUGUCGUCAGGCCGUCGAGGAGGCUCCUUCAGGAGUUCUUUCCGAGGCGGAGCGAUCCAAGGUGCGCGACAAGUGCUCCUCCGAGACAACCUGGCUGGACAAGAACUCUCUCGCCGAGAAGGAGGAGUACGAGCACCACCUCAAGGAGUGCCAGCGCAUCUGCAGUCCCAUCAUGACGAAGCUCCACGGUGGCGCCAAGGGAAAACAGUCGGCAGGAGCAGCUGGUUCCCAUCCCACCGUCGAGGAGGUGGACUAAUAGAUCCACUUACCUAGAAGAUCAAGUCAGUACCAUAUUUCAAGAACAAAUUAAACCAUCACUUGGUUGUGAGAAGCUGUUCAUCUGGAAGUAUUUUUAAAAGUCAACGUAUUCAAUAGUUUUAAAUUACAUGGAAAUAUCUAAAUGCCUUUCGUGUCGUAAUAAUAAAGAUAUCAAAAGUUAUUAAAUA